GUUAUACACCUUUGGUUUGUUUGUAAACAUGGUAGCGUGGAAAAGCAUAAACAUAGUAUUACCAAAGAAAAUGUGUGGGUUAUGUUGGUGGCAACAUUUAUUACUUAGAAACGAGUGAGGUUUUAUAGUUUCCACGUUGAAAACUUGGGAAUCUUUAUAGUGUGCAAAAGUUGUUGCAAUGUUAAGCGGACAAGUAAAUUGUGCAAGGCUAACUCGUGCCUUAAAAACGGUAUUUAAGUUAACGCAAAGUGUUAAAAGACAGUUUUCUGAAAAUGCUGCGGCUUCGACUACAGUGUUUCAAGAGUCAAGACAUUUAGAAGAUUCUUCACACGACAAGUGUGAAGAAACGAAAUUAGUGAAAGUUGCUAUUAUCGGUGCACCCAAUGCUGGUAAAAGCAGUUUAAUCAAUCAGUUGACUGGCAGAAUGCUGUGUCCUGUAUCCAAGAAAGUGCACACGACAAGAUGUCGUGCUCGGGCUGUAUCAAUUCAAGACACCACUCAAAUAAUAUUUCUUGAUACACCUGGAUUGGUUACAGCUACAGAGAUGCAAAGGUUCAAUUUAGAAGAGUCAUUUCUACAAGAUAGUGAACUUGCAUUAAUGGAGGCAGACUUACUUGGAGUCAUACAUGAUGUUAGCAACCGUUGGACAUCUGGAUCCCUAGAUGCCAAAGUAUUGCGAUUACUUGAGCUAUAUCCUGAGAAAUCGUCGUUUUUGGUUCUUAAUAAGGUAGAUCUUGUGAAAAACAAACGAAAAUUGCUGGAGUUAGUGAGUGUGCUGACAGAUCACAAUCUGAGGAAAGAGACGAGGAAUCCAAAGAAAACUGAACAACUUUCUGAAGCUAAAGUCAAAGACAUUGUGAAAGAGAAAUCAGGAUGGGGAAACUUCAGUGAGGUGUUCAUAGUCUCAGCCCUUAGUGGAGACGGAGUUGAUAAAAUUAUGGACCAUAUUUUGAUGGCAGCUAAACCAGGAAAAUGGCUGUAUGCACCUUCACACACGUCUGAUGUUUCACCCAAUAAAUUAAUAGCACGGACAGUGAAAGCUAAACUGCUUGAGCACUUCCCUCAAGAAGUUCCGUAUAAUCUCAAAACAACAGUGGAAUAUUUAGAUGACAGUAACUCUGAUUUGAUAACAGCAGUAGUGGGAGUAUAUUGCCCAACUGCUCGAAUUCAGAAGCUUGUUAUUGGAACUAAAGGAAGAAAAAUCCAGAUGGUCGCAAGGGAAGCAGAAGUGGACUUGAGAAAUGCAUUUCAUCGAAGUGUUCACCUUAAAAUUGCUGUAUCGUCUCCAAAGAAAUAAAUGUAUUGUUUUGUUUACAAAACUUUGUCAUCUACUGCAUUGAUUUAGUUUGCGACAACUGUAGCUAUAAAGUGAGGAAGGAGAAACUACAAUAAUUUUUAAAACCAAAUCAGUUUCUAUUCCCAGUCAUCUUUCAGGCCUACCACUAAAAUAUUUUUCAGUAGCUACUCUGAGAAUAUUUUCAUUAGACAAGUAUUGUUAUUGUGGACUCUCUCUUGCUAAGCAGUGGUGCAAAAUAGUGAUGCAAAACCAUAUUUAGGUUGUAAUUUCAAGAACUCCCUCAUAGAAGGUUGUAUAUCACAAUUUCAGUUUUAACAGGAAGUAAAAAUAAUUGUUGGUUUCCAUUGGUAAUAUAUAUUUGUAUAUUUUAUUUCAUAUAUUUUAUUAUCUAUGAUCAGGUGAUAUAGUAUGUGUUAUAGAACAGCAACAAGUAUUUAGUGUACUUUACAAUAUUUAGAAAAUUAUCUUAAUUUUUAUGUAGCUUUCCAUGUACAGGAUGACAGUUAUUGAACUAUAUGCAAUAAAAUCGUGAUAAUUUCUGAAUGGUUUGCAUUAGGACAUUCAAACUGCAUGGUUGUCCACAGGGCAUGAUGGGAAUUAGUAUGUGCUGUAUGGUUUGGUUGAGUGACGAAGCCCACUUUCAUUUGGAUGGGUUUGUCAGUAAGCAAAAUUGGCAGAUGUGGGGGACUGAGAAUCUGCAUUUCAUUAUCGAAAAGUUUCUUCACCCUCAAGGGGUGACUGUGUGAUGUGCAAUGUCGUCAUGAAAUAGUCAGUGCAAUAUUCCUUGAUGGCACGGUGACUACUGAUCGGAAAGAUGUGCUUCAUGCAAG